UUAGUUCUUUCUUAUAGGGGUGGAGGAAGAUGGAGAGGUCGUGCAUCCAGAAGGGAUGAUCCCGAUCCAUGCAGGUGCCUGGGUUGUUUCAACUUGAGCGUUUAUACCACUGAGAAAGAUCUACGUGAGCUGUUCGGAGAAUUUGGUGAAAUCGAAAAGGCUUCUUGCGUCAGUAGAUUAACAACAUAUUUGAAGGUCGAAUUGGUCUACGAUCAUCCUACUGGUCGCUCCCGUGGUUUUGGAUUUGUAUACUUUGAACGUCUUGAGGAUGCGUGUGCUGCGCGUGACAAGCUGUCCGGUCAAGAGAUAGAUGGGCAUAAGAUUCGCGUCGAUUAUUCCCUGACAAAAAGAGCUCAUACUCCAACACCAGGCCAAUAUAUGGGAGCGAUUCGUGGAAGUCGAAGGAAUUAUGGGUAUGGUUCAGGUGGAUAUAGUGGAAGAAGUGCAGGGAACUCACUUAGAUGUUUCAGCCGUCGUACACCCUCUCCUCCCCGUCGUGAACGCCAUCGUUCCCGCUCCUAUGAUUGA